UUAUCAACAAAUGUAUAUUGUUCAAUUAAUUAUGAAAUAAUUAAUAAAAUGGAUGUAUUACAUAUGGCCUAUAUAUCAUCAACAAAUAAUAUAACUAAACCUAAAAUUAGUUUAUACAGAUCAGACAAACUAAUUAAUGAUAAUAUAUUGCCCAUUGAUUUGACAAAUAAUCCACAGAUUUAUGUUUGUGGCGGCUAUGAUGGCCAACAAUUUUAUAGUCAAUGUUAUAAACUUGAUAUAUUAUUGAACAAUUGGUCCAAAGAUAGUCUAUUAGAUCAUAUGAUACACAGUCGUUACCAUUUGAAACUUAUUCAAUUUGACAAUAAGUUAUACAGUAUUGGUGGUCGACAGGAUAUUAGCACCAAUUGGGUGGAAACAUAUGAUACUAGAAAUAAUCUUUGGGCAGUUGUUUCGCCGCUAAACAUCAAAAGAUACGGUUUGGGUGCUGCUGUUAUUAAUAACACAAUCUAUGUUUGUGGCGGUCUAAACACUAAUGAAUUAAGUAUAAAAUCGUGCGAAUAUUUUACACGUGAAACCAACGAAUGGAUGUUUACUAAUCCAAUGCUGACAGCACGUGAUUUUCACGAACUGGUCGCACAUGAGGGCUGUCUGUACGCAAUUGGUGGCAAUAGUAAUAAUAAUAAUCAAUCGGUCAAUACAGUGGAAAAAUAUGAACAUUCUAGUCAAACAUGGGAACAGGUGGCUAAUAUGACUAGUGCAAGAUCAUCAUUUGGAGCAAUAUCAUUUAUGGGUAAAAUUUAUGUAUGUGGGGGUCGCACUAGCAAUACAGGACAAACGGUAUCAAACAUUUGUGAAGUCUAUGAUUCACACACUAAUAAAUGGACACAAAUUAGUUCAAUGAAAGAGUCCCGAUUUGAUCUGCAAUUGGUUACCUAUAAUGACAAGCUAUACGCUGUUGGAGGGGACAAAACUAAUACUAUAGAAAUCUAUGACUAUAUGUCAGAUCGUUGGAGUCAUUCAAUAACUUUGCCGACAAAAGUUGGAGCAUUUGGGGUAUCGAUUUAUAAAAACUAAUAAUAACUCAAUAAUUAAAAGAUAAUACAACUAAAUAUAUUAAUC